CACAUCCGGGAUGUGUGACAGCGACUCACUUGACGCGGAGGGGAUGUCUCAUGGCAGCGUCGUUUUUAAAGCAAAGUCUUCAUCAUUGAACGUCGUCCGCGGAUAUUCCUGUCCUGGGCUCACUUUACUGGACUGCUCAACGUAGGGGGCGGUUGUUCGUAGUGGAGUUGUACUUUUUACCAAUGUGUUCCAAGUCGGCUGCGUCCAGCACGACCACACCCUCCCCGCUUCCUCGUCGCUGUUCAGCGGGAGCAGCGCUUUGUAGCUGCGGGAAUAACGGACACUUCUUCCAAACACACCUUUAAAUCCUCGCUAAUGGACUACAGCGCUGGACCACCGAGCGGCAUGGCCCAGAGAAGCGAGUGGACAGCCGGGCAACGCGGGCUUCCAGGCGCCGUCGUCCCGUGUAAGGACUGCUAGGAGGAGGUGGACAUCCGGACGCUGCGAAUGGAGUCCGGCAGACCGCAGCUAGCUUGUAACCGGGGAGUGUGCGUCAACACCAGCUUGAAACUGGAUGGACUUUAACCGACUGGAUCGAUCCGACGUGAGCGGGAUUGAUCGAAGGAUGGUGUCCGAGGGAGAGCCACCUCUUCCCGCUGUCCAGACGUGCUGGCCGGGUGGUGCCCGGUGUUUCCCCAGUGAGCCAGACCGGGCCAGCGGGUGGUCAAGCUGCCGCUGCACACCAGCAGCUCUCCUCAGGGUGGACUUAAAAUGAUAUCCUGUUGAAAGACACUUCAGUUUGCUAUCUAUUAACCAUUUUUAACAUUUGACUAAUUAGCACAGAAACACAUCUAAUUCCAAGUGCAUAGAACAUAUCAAAUCUGCCAUAUGGGAUGCUUUUUAGUGCACACACAUUGCAGUAUGUGUGAUUUUGUGUAUAAUUUAACUUGUGAGAUUAGUUUUUUUUUUAAAUUCAGGGCAUUUAAAACUGGUAGCUUUAUUAAGUAUGACUUACAUAAGCCAUUGUGGGAGUAUGUCAUUUAGGUUUGAAUUCAGUUUGCCUAACAAUGCCAUUCAAAUAAUGCAGUCAUUUUUUUUCAUUUGUAAGACUUCAGUUAGCAUAUAAUUUUCUUUGCAGGAAUUUAAGGAAUUAUUUUUUGUUUUCUGGCCAGAUUUAACAUUUAAAGAUUGGAGCGGAGGCUCUAAAUGGAACGAUGCAGUUUGCGGCAGCAGUAAAAAAAGUCACCUAGGCAGAAGAUUAGUGACGAUUUCCACUCCGCUAUCAUGGCGAGUGGCGGCUCCGGCAAGUCGUCUGGCGAAGGAUCCGCUGUCGUCCCCGGUGGAAGUCUGCAACAGAGGAAGCGUCUCUCGUCCGUCUGUGAUGCGUGCAAAGCCAAGAUGCAGCUCGUGGCGGACCUCCUCCUCUUGUCCAGCGAGACCAGGCCGAUUAUGGCAUCCGAGGGCAUGGCGUUGGCCGACACGUUCGACCAGUGCCGGGACACGGUCAUCGCACGGACCAAAGAGCUCUCAAUUCUCACGCAUGACAUCCAGAGCCAGCUCAACAUGGGCAGAUUCACAGAGGUGGGGGACCGCCUGUCAGAGAUGGCCGAUUUGGUCGUGUCUUUGACAGAGUGCUCCGCUCACGCUGCGUAUUUGGCGGCGGUGGAGACCACGGGCUCACAGCCUUGCUCGCUUGGUCUCGUGGACCGCUACAAAGUGACCCGCUGCCGUCACGAGGUGGAACAAAGCUGCGGCGUCCUCCGAGGAACCGCCCUGCCGGAUCUCACCCCUCAGCUCCUCCUGGAGAUCUCCCAGAACAUCUCCACCAACCUCAAGACUUUGACGGACAUCUCUUCACUGGCCAGCGAGAGGUCCAGGGACCGCUUUGCCAAAGAGCAGUUCAAGUUAAGCGUCAAGAGCAUGAGCACCAGCGGCACCGCCUUCUUGGCGUGUGUGAGGGAGAUUAAGACCCAGCCCGGCGAGCUCACAAGGAACCGCUGUGUCCUCUUCAGCGGCGCUCUGGUCCACGCUGUCAACGCUCUGGUCGGGUUCGCCACAGAGCCUCUGUUCCUGGGAAGAGCUGCGAGUAUCUCCACUGAAGGGAAGGCCGUACAGACUGCGGUGUUGGGGGGCGCCAUGAGCGUUGUUUCGGCAUGCGUCCUCCUCACCCAGGGACUCAGGGACGUGGCCCAGCACCCUGAGAGCAGUUCCAAAAUGGCUGACUACCGGGAGCGCCUGCGGAGCUCUGCGUGCGCUAUAUCAGACGGCUGCACGCUGCUCACUCAGGCUCUAAGAGAGCGCUCCUCGCCGAGGACUCUGCCGCCAGUCAACUCUCAUUCUGUGAAUUAGUUCCAAGAGGAGGAAAUGUAGUUCCAAACCAAAGAGACUCGGGACAUCACUGCUAGUCAGGUCUCGUCCGUACAAACGACGUAGGCCUGUCAGCUGUUCCACAAGUGUCGAUGAGCACAUCUGCAGGGUUGUACGUCACGCUGGAUGUGACAGUAAUCAGACCACUUCCAUCGACCCCAUGUGAGCUCCUCACAAACUGACAAAACCUGAAAAGUUUACCUCAGUUUUCAGCGCUGGUAAAAAAUGUGUUGUAGGAUGAAUGUGUGAACCUACCAGAGACUGACCUUCUCCCGUGACGAGUGUCUUUUAAGUUAGCUUUUUUUUUUUUCUGACGUGUGUGAAUCUCUACUUUAAAAAAAGCUGCUGUGCGUAUGUGCCAUAGUUUUGUUUUUGUUUUGUUGUUUUACACAUUAUUCACCUUCACUUAGUACUUUCAUGUGUUUUGACAUGUAAAGGAGUAUUUAUUUUAACCAUUAAUAAAUGCUUUUUCUGAUAA